AAGUAGAAUAAAAAAAUCCAGCUAAAAGCUUUUCCGGUCUGCUAGCCUUAAUUUCCUCUAAAGACGUCUCUCGCAGAGAGGAGAGGAGGACGCACACAGGCAGACUGACAGUCCAACGGUUGUAAUUGCACCGGCGGUCACCGAGAAGACUAAUCUUCACUCUUAUCUUGUACUGAAGGAUACGGUUUCUUUAGGAGGGGCAUGAACCGCGGAGCAGUGCUUCUCCGCGGCCUGUGCCGGGGAAUGUGUCCGCCGUGGGUGUGAGGGAGAGCGGAAUGGUCUGCCUGGACGGAACGCACUGGUCUCGCACGGCCGCUCCAGUCUCCGGUAUCCACGCGCUCCCGACUGCGCCAAUCGAGCGCCGCUCGGUCCAUAGCGGUGUGAUUUGUUUCACGGACGGCCUCAAACACAUUGGGCAGCCCACUUGUCUUUUAUCGUUACAUAAUUGAAACUGAAUGUCUGUGUCGCUCACGUAACCCGGACUGAUUCUCAGGCAGGGAGGCAGAGAUGUGUGUGUGACACUGUGUGUGUGCGCCUGUGCUGGAUCCAGGGGCAGGGCUGUCUGUCUGUCUGUAACCGAUCUACCCGCCGAGUGGACCGGACUGGACUGUGCAUUAAUUGUACUAGUGCAUAAAUUAACCACGGGCCAACCCAACGUGAACCCUGGGUGGAAACCCGAGUCCAACGGGCAAUGAGGGGAACAGCUUUGCCUCUCUUUACUUCUCUGGCCCUCGGUCUGAUCUUUUUGUGUUUCUGCCAGAAGCAUCUGGAAAGGAUAACACGGGGAUCCAUCCACUCCCCCAGAAAGUAGACUGGAAAAUAAAUCACAUCCUGGAUGGAGGAGCAUCCUUACUUCUAGAAAUGAUGGAUACAGUUGUCUCGAAUUCCAGCUUCAUGCUCAUGGCCUACUGCUAAUUUUAGAGGUGUAAAUUAUGGGAUGGAAAACUGGGUUUUAUUCUUUAUAAUAAUAACCUACAACUGGAAGUGUUUGUUAAAGUUAUUACACUGUUAAUGACUUCCAUUGUUGAUGAGUUAUUACUGUUUUUCAUUUCUCUCAUUUUGCCAUUGGAUUGGCAAUGACGUAUUCACCCUGGCCACCAAUGCAUGUAACUAAGGAUAAUUGGAUAACUGUGGUCCUCGCCCUCCAUCGAUUUUAGGCCGAGUUGAAGGAAUACAACAUCCUUUUCCCUAACUCUGAAACCACAACAAGUUGAAAUCACUAAGCCUCUGUGACAUGUCCUUGUAUCCAGGCAAUGGAAUGUGACUGUAACUACCUUCUCCCUUUCUCUAACUUCUAAACUCCGUUGAAACUACACAUGCAGUGAAGAUGUGUGCAGCCAGGUUCAGUAGCAGCAGUAGUGUCAACGGGGACCGGGAUGAGACCACUACUAAUGGACCCAGUACGGGCCCGGCCACCACAUCCCGCAUGCUGGACUGGUCCGAGGAGGGCACCCGCAUCCUCCACAGCCUGGAGAUUGGAACGGUCAUGACCGUGUUCUACCAGAAGAAGUCCCAGCGACCGGAGAGGAGGACCUUCCAGAUACGACAGGACACUAGACAGAUAGCGUGGAGCCGCAACCCUGACAAGAUAGAGGGAGAGAUUGAUAUCAGGGAGAUCAGGGAGCUGCGGUUGGGUAAAGGUUCCCGGGACUUUGAGCGUUAUCCAGAGGAGGCUCGUAAAUUAGACUCCGCCCACUGCUUCAUCGUGCUCUACGGACUGGAGUUCCGCCUCAAAACACUCAGCGUGGCCGCCUUCAGUGAGGAGGAGGUCAAUAUGUGGAUCACUGGAAUCAACUGGCUGAUGAUGGAUACUCAGAGAGCCUCAGCACCACAACAGAUAGACCGGUGGCUGAGGAGACAAUUUGAGGUGAUGGACAGGAAUCGUGAGGGAAGUAUCACAGUAAAGGAUGUGAAGGCCCUGUUACCUCAUAUCAACUACAGAGUCCCCAACAUGCGCUUCCUCAAAGACAAGCUACAGGAAGUGGAAGCCAGGUGUGAUCUCUCCUUCCCUCACUUUGCUCAGCUCUACAGAACAUUGAUGUUCGACGCACAGAGGAGUAUCAUUGAGCAGCUGGAGCUCUCUUUCCCCCUCCGGAAUGUGGACAGACCAGAGCUGUGUCAGAUCUCUUUUUACGACUUCCAGAAGUUUCUACAGCUGGAUCAGAAGGAGUCAUGGGCGUCGGACCUGAGCCGUGUCAGAGAGUUCCUAACGGGCUACCUGAGGGGUGGAGCACAGACCGAACCUAUGCUACAGCUAGAUGAGUUCCUGACGUUCCUGUACUCCAAGGAGAACUCAUUGUGUGACCCUCGACCUGCUGUUGUUGUCUCUGACGACAUGAAGAGACCCCUGUCUCAGUACUGGAUUUCCUCAUCACACAACACGUAUCUGACAGGUGAUCAGUUCUCCAGUGAGUCAUCUCUAGAGGCCUACGCUCGUUGCCUGAGGAUGGGCUGUCGCUGCAUAGAACUUGAUUGCUGGGAUGGGCCUGAUGACCUGCCAAUCAUCUACCAUGGCCACACUCUCACCUCCAAGAUCAAAUUCCUGGAUGUGCUGCACACCAUCAAAGAGCAUGCCUUUGUCACUUCAGAGUACCCAGUGAUUCUGUCCAUAGAGGACCACUGUAGUGUGGUCCAACAAAGGAACAUGGCUACUCACUUUAAGAAGGUGUUUGGAGAUCUGCUGCUGACCAAACCAGUGGACCUGAAUGCAGAUGAGCUGCCCUCGCCCUACCAGCUACGCAGGAAGAUACUCAUCAAGCACAAGAAACUGGUGGAGGGCUCUCUGUAUGAAGAGGUGACGUCAGCCAGCUACUCUGAGGCUGACAUCAGUAACUCCCUCAGGAAUGGCAUUCUCUACCUGGAAGACCCCAUAGACCACACAUGGACUCCCCACUACUUUGUUCUGAGCAGUAAUAAGAUCUACUACUCGGAGGAGACUUCUCACUACCAGACUGCCGAGGAAGAGGAGGAGGAGGAGGAAGAGGAGGGGGGGAGGGGGAUGGUUACAAAUGAGUGUAACAACAAUGAGCAGCACUGUGCAGAGCGCUGGUUCCAUGGGAAGCUGGGAGGGGGGCGGGAUGGGAGACAGGUUGCUGAGAAACUGUUGCAGGAGUACUGUGAGGGCGGGGGCAAGGAUGGGACCUUCCUGGUCCGAGAGAGUGAGACCUUCGUAGGAGACUACACCCUCUCAUUUUGGCGAUCUGGGCGUGUGCAGCACUGUAGGAUCCAUUCCCGCCAGGAGUCUGGCUCCACCCGCUACUACCUGACUGACAACUUGGUGUUUGACAGCCUGUAUAGACUCAUCUGCCACUACAGAGACACGCCCCUACGCUGCAACGAGUUUGAGAUGAGGCUGGGCAGCCCUGUACCACAGCCCAACGCACACGAGAGCAGAGAGUGGUUCCACUCCAGUCUUUCUCGUGUCCAGGCUGAACACAUGUUGAUGAGGGUACCCAGAGACGGGGCCUACCUGCUCCGCAAACGCAGCGACAUCAACUCCUACGCUAUCUCCUUCAGAGCGGAGGGUAAGAUCAAACACUGUCGUAUCCAGCAGGAGGGCCGUAUGUUCAUGUUGGGUAGCUCAGCAGAGUUCGAGAGUCUGGUUGACUUGGUCAGCUACUAUGAGAAACACCCCCUGUACCGCAAAAUGAGGCUGCGCUACCCCAUCAACGAAGACACACUGGACCGCAUGGGCACCACGGAGCUAGACUAUGGAGCGUUGUAUGAAGUCAGGACCCCACAUUUCUACGUCGAGGCCAACAAGAUGCCCACGGCUCGGUGUACGGUCAAGGCCCUGUAUGACUACAGAGCCCAGAGGGACGAUGAGCUGUGUUUCCCCAAACAGGCCCUCAUCCUCAGCGUGGACAAGCAGGAAGGAGGCUGGUGGCGAGGUGAUUACGGAGGGAAGAAGCAGCUGUGGUUUCCUGCCAACUACGUAGAAGAAGUCCCCAACUCACCCGCCCGCGAGACAGGAGACGAGGCAUCUACAGAGAACAGUCCACUAGGAACAUUUCUCAAGGGCUUCAUCGAUGUGCCCACCUGCCACGUAGUGGUUCAGAAGGAUGGGAAGAGUUCCAGGCCAUAUGUGUUCACCGUCCACUCCCAGCAGAUGUCAAUUCACCCUGGCCAGGCACUGGACAUUGCUUCAGACACCCUGGAGGACCUGACCGGUUGGGUGGGGAAGAUCAGAGAGGCCACACAGAACGCAGACGCACGGAUGCAGGAAGAGAAGCAGAUGGAGAGGAGGAAGAAAAUCGCACUGGAGCUCUCUGAGCUGGUGGUCUACUGUAGACCUGUCCCCUUCAACGAAGAGAAGAUCGGGACAGAGCGGGCAUGUUUCCGGGAUAUGUCAUCAUUCCCAGAGACCAAGGCAGAGAAGUUUGCCACGCGGGCAAGAGGGAAGCGCUUCCUGCAGUAUAACCGUCGCCAGCUCUCCAGGGUCUACCCCAGAGGACAGAGACUAGACUCCUCUAACUACGACCCUUUACCCAUGUGGCUGUGUGGAUCCCAGCUGGUUGCUCUCAACUUCCAGACUCCUGACAAGCCCAUGCAGUUGAACCAAGCUCUAUUCAUGCUGGGUGGGGGGAGUGGCUUCGUGCCCCAGCCUGACAUCAUGAGGGAUGACACCUUUGACCCCUUUGACAAGGACACCCUCCAUCUGGAGCCAAUCACCAUCCAGCUACAGGUACUGGGAGCUCGUCACCUCCCUAAGAAUGGCCGCAGUAUAGUGUGUCCCUUUGUAGAGGUUGAGGUGUGUGGGGCCGACUACGACUGCAGCAAGAGCAAGACCGACGUCGUGGCUGACAAUGGGUUGAACCCAGUGUGGGUUCAGAGGCAGUUUGUGUUUGACGUCCAUAAUCCGUCCUUCUCCUUCCUGCGUUUCUUGGUCUAUGAGGAGGACAUGUUUUCUGACCCCAACUUCCUGGCUCAGGCAAUCUACCCUGUCCGCUCACUAAGAACAGGCUACAGGAGUGUUCCACUAAAGAACAGUUACAGUGAAGAGUUGGAGCUGGCUUCUCUGCUGGUUCACAUUGAGAUUGUCAACGCCAAGGAGGAAGAUGAUCAGAACCUGUACUCGUCCAUCCAAAGGCUGAGAGACCGCACCAGUGAGCUGUCCAAUCAGGUGUCAGUUCUGGAGAGGGCGGGGUCAGGAGGUGACCACAGCUAUCAGCAGAGUCUGGAGGAGCUGAGAGCAGCACAAGAUCAGCUCAGUGAACUGGUGGAGACACGCAACCACAGGCUGAUUGAGAAGAAGAGGAGGGAAAAGUUGAGGCAGCAAGUGGGGGCCAAGCGGAACUAAAAUGCCCAUCUGACCACCAACCAACCAGUCCCCCUCUACUGCUGCACACUGAUGAUCUUACACCCAUGGAAAGACAAUUCAAUCUACCAAUAACUGGAUUACCCCUGCUAUAAGUGUGCAUAGACUACACAGAGAUGCACAGUGUGUUGGAUAAAAAGAGACAAAAAAACACUCAUCUCAUGGAACAAAAACCUUCAGAAAUUGAACAUAGAAUGAGAAAAGGGUUAUAAAAUAAUUCAGUGUUCUGAACAGCGAAGUCAGAUAAACUGAACUGACCUGAGAGUAGCGGUGUUCUAAUCUAUAAGGAGAAUACACAGGAUGUAUCUUAAAUGGCACCCGAUUCCCUAUAUAGUGCACUACCUUUGACCAGGGCCCAUAGGGGUGUGGUGCACUACUGUAGAUAGGGAAUAGGGUGCCAUUUGGGAUAAACCCAUAGCCUCUAAGAGAGUAAGGUAGUGUCAGAGAGUCAACCAUUAGUAUAGGCGUAAUCCAGACUCAAAAUCUCUCCAUGCUACAACUGAAAACUGGAAUAAUAUUAUUUUAUUGACCACAGAGGAGCUAUGAGAGUGAGAAUCUACUAUCUUGACCGUGGCACAAAAAUGGCUAAAGAGAGAAAAUGGGAACCACUACUCAUGGACUGGCUUUGAAAGGGCUUUUAAAUGGGAGCAGGACCACAUCUUUUCCUCAAAGACUAAAGUCUUCUUCUCCUAUCCUGGGGCAGCAGACUGACUAACAGCAGGGACUGGAGUCUAAUGCCCUCUAGUGGUAGGGAUGUGGUAUUGUUUCCAAAAAUAGACCCCUCUUCCUUUACCUGGGAGAGUAUAAACAGGACUUUUAUUACUGUGUUCAUUAGAGACUUACUAACACUGCAUGUCAUAUUGUCAUGUAUUUUUUAAAGGGCUUUUCAGUAUACUAUAAUAUACUAAAAUAUACUAUAAUAUAAUACACUACCUUUUAAGGAGCAAGAGGAGAAGCAGAGCAGUAGAGAGAGGGGGGGGGGGGAGAGGGGGGGAAGAGAGAGCGUACCAGAAAUAUAAGGAAUCUCUCACCACAGGACUCUGUCUUGAACCUAUAGAUUUUCUUCAGGUCUGUGUUUCCUGGCUAUGCUGAUCGGAUCAGAGAAACAUGGUGUGGGUCUCAAAUGUCACCCUGUUCUCUAUAUAGCGCACACCUUUUGACCAGAGCCCCUAAUCAAAAGUAGUGCACUGGGGAAUAGGGUGCCAUUUGGGAUGCAACAAUGGCAAACAAGGGCUAUCUAUAACUUUGACCGUACUGCAACUUGUCACAUUUACAGAUCCUACCCACCAAGUUGUUGUUAAAGGAAAAAUCCACUCAAAUACUACACUGAACACAAAUAUAAAAGCAACAUGCAACAAUUUCAAAGAUUUUACUGAGUUACAAUUCAUACAAGGAAUUAAGUCAAUUUAAAUAAAUAAAUGAGGCCCUAAUCUAUGGAUUUCACAUGACUGGGCAGGAGUGCAGCCUUGGGCGGGGCUGGGAGGGCAUAGGUCCACCUACUGGGGAGCCAGGGCCAGCCAUGGGCGGGGCUGGGAGGGCAUAGGUCCACCUACUGGGGAGCCAGGGCCAGCCAUGGGCGGGGCUGGGAGGGCAUAGGUCCACCUACUGGGGAGCCAGGGCCAGCCAUGGGCGGGGCUGGGAGGGCAUUGGUCCACCUACUGGGGAGCCAGUCCCAGCCAUGGGCGGGGCUGGGAGGGCAUAGGUCCACCUACUGGGGAGCCAGGGCCAGCCAUGGGCGGGGCUAGGAGGGCAUAGGUCCACCUACUGGGGAGCCAGGGCCAGCCAUGGGCGGGGCUGGGAGGGCAUAGGUCCACCCACUGGGGAGCCAGGGCCAGCCAUGGGCGGGGCUGGGAGGGCAUAGGUCCACCCACUGGGGAGCCAGUCCCAGCCAAUCAGAAUGAGAUUUCCCACAAAAGGGCUUUAUUACAGACAGAAAUACUCAUCAGCAGAAAAUAAGCUUUUUGUGUAGAAGAUUUCUGGAAUCUUUUAUUUAUGUUUUGCAUGUCAUCAGUCAAGUUUUCAACAUAUUGGAAUUUCAAGAAGCAAAGUGUCAGUUGCACAUCAUAUGAUGCUUCUUGAAAAAGGACCCAUAAGUAAGUAUUUCACUGUUAGUCUACACCUGUUGUUUACGAAGCAUUUGAAAAAUAAAAUGUGAUUUGAUACAGUCCCAAAA